AUGAGACAAGAACUAGUCUUGAUACGAGAAAAAGAUGAUAUUGAUGCUAUUAUUGCUACAGAUGAAACAGAAAAACCAAAAAUUGAAAUUAAUAAACUUUAUUGGAAUGUACCUCAUAUUUUACCUAAUAUUAGCGAACAAUUGCGGCUAAACAAAAUAGUUCGUAGUAAUACGGAACUACCUAUAAAAUUUAGAAGUUGGGAAUUAAUUGAAUAUCCCACUUUAAAUAAUUCAACACGUCAUACUUGGCCAGUAAAAACAACUACAAAAUUAGAAAGUCCUCGGCAUAUUGUAGUAGCUUUCCAUGAUGGUCGAAAAGGAAAAAUGCUGAAAGAAAUGAGUAAAUUUGAUCACUGCAAUUUAACAAAUAUUCGUAUGUUCCUUAAUUCUGAGCGAUAUCCUUAUCAAGAUCUCAACUUGGAUUUUGACAGUAACCGUUUUGCAACAUUGUAUGAGAUGUUUGCUAAUUUCCAAGAAUCUUAUUAUCACCUUCAAACUAAUCAACCAAUAUUUAAUCCUGAAGAAUUUAAAAAUAAUGCCCCCAUAGUCCAUACUGACUGUUCAAGACAAAAAGAAAUUAUUCAAAGUGGUUCUGUUGUUUUGAGAAUAGAGUUUGAAACCAGUAAAUCUGUGGGAAAUAAUGUUUCCGCAUAUUGUCUAAUAUUACAUGAAAAAGAAUUCUUUUACAAUCCUUUAACCAAAAUUGUAAGACAACAAUAA